CUGUCCGGACGCCUGCCUAUACUCUUGACCUGGGCGGACCACAUCGAGAUGUCACGAUUGACACAAGCAGCCUAUCAGUGUGUCCCAGGCGGGCCACUCGACAUAGAUCGCUCCCUCUACGAUCGCAUCGGAGCGGCUGAGAAGACGCUGGAGUAUGGCUUUGUUCUGCCUAUCCGGAGCGGGAAGGCCUGGAAGUUGAAGGCAGGCCAGAUCUGUAGGAUCGUGGCUGUUGAGGGGGCGCAAGUGGGAGACCUCAACCUUUGGUCAUUGGCCAACCCGCGCGAACGGUUCUGGGCCGCACGCACACGGCAGCUCCAGCGAGCUCACGUAUCCAUCUAUGACCGGCUAUGGAGCUGUCUUCCUUACUUACGGCCGCUGUGUACAAUCACUGGUGACUCACUCGCUGACUUUGGUUCAGGAGGCAAUGGCAAGGGAGGAGGCGUGGAUGCUGAGGGUGGGAGAGUACAUGACUUGCUAGGGACGCGCUGUGACCCCUACGUGAACCGCAUGCUCACCGGGCAAGACUUCGACUACCAUUGUCACUCCAAUCUAGUCCGUGCUAUCCUCCCUCACGGACUGCACGAAUCCGACGUGCACGACGUCCUCAAUGUCUUCCAAUGUACCGGGCUCAACUCAUCCGACCAGUACUUCAUGAAGACUUGUCCGGCCAAAAAGGGAGAUUACUUUGAGUUUUUCGCAGAAGUGGACCUACUGUGUGCACUGAGCACUUGUCCCGGUGGAGACCUCAGUAAGGCUAUGUGGGGCGAGUCAGCGAACGGUGCUGCUGAAGGGGAGGAUGACCCUACGCUGGAGUGUUGCCGGCCUUUAGGGGUGGAGGUAUAUGAUCUAAAGGACCGCGAGGAGGUCUUGAACGGCUGGACCUCCCCUACACCGUUCGGGGAGCUGUACAAGGGCGGGCAUGGCAUGCACGAGAAGAAGUGGGAAAGCAAGUAG